GCCUUGUUGCUGAGUGCCAAGCAGGGAGGUAAUGGCUCCAUUUGUAUAGUCUUUGGUAUGACUCGGCCCGGGUUUGAACUCACAACCUACCCAUCUCAGGGCGGACACUCUAACCACUAGACCACUGAGUAGGUCAAUGGUAACAAUGGUGGAAAUAGGCUUUGCAGCCUAAUUUUUACCGAGGUAUGCCUAUUGGCGACUGUUUCAAACUUACAAACGUUGCUUGGAAUGACGAAUGAAGAAUCCUUUUGAACUGAAGCUCUAUGGACAACUUAUAAGACCAAAGCAUGAGCCCAGACCUAAAUGCAGCACCUGCAGCGGAACACGGCUGUGAAGGACAGGCCGGCUGAAUUAAAGAAAGAAAUCACCAACGAGAUGACAGCGUGUGUGAAGCAAUCUGAGCACGUCAAUGCAGGUCUGGAGCGGAAGGAGUCCUACAGAAGCCAACAAUGGUGACACAACAUCUUAACGAAGGACAUGUAUCCAUGAAAAUAUUGAACCGCUGCUGAGGGGAGAAGCAGCGAGAAGAAGUCCAGCCUCCAAGCGUCAGGAGUCAAGGUGUUGUUGUCAACGUCCACAGCUGCAGUGCACUUCUAGUCAAAUGUCUGGAGUGGGAGGAGGGCUCCAGUCCGAGGUGUGGACUUGUGCUCGGUUGGAAGGAGCGUGCAGAGCGAGGGGCUGGAAGAGAAGCCAGCAGGGUAAAGAAGAGGAAGGGCCAAAAACAGCUGCCCCCCCCCAUGGAGAGACUGCCAGAGGAGGACGAGGGUCUGCCUCCUCAAAGACCUUCCAGGGUCUAGGAAGCAAAGAACCGGCAAGUGGAAAACGGGGACGGGAAGAGAAGAAAGUGUGUUGUUGAGACGUUGGAGAAGUUGCAAGACGAGAGGAGAAGUGGUGACGACAUGGAGCUUUGAAAGGAAGCCUUCAGCCACGACCAUGGGGUGCAUCCACAGCCUGAAGAACACCGGAGGGCUGCUUCCGGUCCCGGACUUGGACGUCCUCCCCGAGAUCCUGCAGCUGGCUGAGGUGUCCGCCACCUGCGCCUCCACACCCGAGGAGCACAAUUCCGUGACAUCGACUUCCCUGAAGAAGCGAGGCUCCAUGCCGAGGAGUAAAAGCCAGGAGCGGGUGAUGGACCAAGUCAUGGAGCGCCGCUACGACCUGGACCUCACCUACAUCACCGAGAGGAUCAUCUCCGUCUUCUUCCCGUCCGAGCUGGAGGAGCCGCGCUACGGCAGCCAUUUGCAGGAGAUGGCGUCCAUGCUGAAGUCCAAGCACCAAGACAAGUUCCUGCUGUUGAAUUUAUCGGAGAAGAGACACGACAUCACCAGACUCAACCCCAAGGUCCAAGACCUGGGCUGGCCUGACCUUCACGCUCCGCCUCUGGACGGGAUCUGCAGCGUGUGCAAGACCAUGGAGACCUGGCUGGGCGCUGCCCCCCACAACGUGGUGGUCCUGCAUUGUAAGGGUCACCCAGGGAAGACGGGCGUGGUGGUGGCAGCGUUCAUGCACUACAACAGGAUCUCGGCAGGUGUGGAACAGGCCCUCACCACCUUGGCCAUGAGGAAGUUCUGUGAAGACAAAGUCUCAUCUUCCCUGCAGCCCUCUCAGAGAAGGUACAUCUACUACUUUGCUGGUCUGCUGUCAGGCAGCAUCAAGAUGAACAGCAGUCCUCUCUACCUGCACCACAUCCUCAUUCCAUCCCUCAACACCUUUCAGACAGGAGGAGGUUACUUCCCCUUUGUGAAGAUCUACCAGUCACUGCAGCUCAUCUAUACCUCCUGUGUCUACAAUCCUCAGUCUUCUCGGGCAAGAAAGUUGUGUGUGACCAUGGAACCUGCAUUGUUGCUGAAGGGAGACAUUAUGGUGAAGUGCUAUCACCGACGAAGCCAAGCAGCAGAGAGGGAGGUAGUGUUCAGGAUCCAGUUCCACACCUGCACCAUCCAUGGAACCCAGCUCUGGUUUGGCAAGAAUGAACUGGAUGUCGCCUGCUCAGAUGACAGGUUCCCCCGCGAUGCUGCCGUGGAGUUUAUCUUCUCCAGCGGGCCGGAAAAAUUAAAGGAAGACCAGAAGACGGACGCCUCGGUCAGAGUGGACGACAACACCUCAGACCCGGUGGUCAGAUGGGAUUCUUAUGAGAACUUUCACCUGCACCACCAAGACAGCACAGAGAACAUCUCUCACACAAGAGGCCCUGUGGACGGCAGUCUGUACGCCCAGGUGAGGAAGCGACGUGGAGCGGGCCACGCCCCCUCGGCCAACGGUUGCCUCGCCCGCAGCCCCACGGUCCAGCCCCCCGGCGGAACGUCCGGCCGCGUCCUUGGCGAUCACGCCGAAUGUCCGACGGAGGUUUUAGAAGGUGGGGACCCGUCAAGUGUGGGAGGGCACAGGUGUGGUCCCAGGUGUGGGGGUGUGGCCCAGCGGGAGUCCUGCCAGUCUCCCAGCCACUGUGCGGGCUGUCUGAACGCCGGCAAAAAGAGUCAAACCCUCCCCGCCGUGCCUUCGGAACCCGUCUCCCCUCCGCCUCACCUGACCCGCCUGGACCUCUGUCAUCGCCACGGUCUCCACCCUUUGCCGGAGUUACCAUGGCAACGCUCUCUGUCCUGCCUCCACGGACCCUGCCGCCCGUACCGCCCUCCUGAACUGACGCAUGCGCACAGCCACACCCUGCCCGCCCCCGGCAGGCACGAAGAACGCCAAGUCUUCCUUUGCUCCGCCCAAGCCCCGCCCACUCACAUCCCCCCCGGCCCGUACCGAGAGAUGUUCUUCGGUCCUCCGGCCCCCGGCUGUCCCUGCCGGGAGUGUUCCGGGAGGCGGGUGAGGGCCUUCCACCCGAUGCAUCCGGAACAGGCGGCGGCGGCGUUGUGGGAAACAAGAAGUCCGGACUUUUGGCAAUCGGCCAUGCCGCCAUUCCACGUCUGCCACGCGGCCACCUUGGACCAGGGCGCACACCCCGAGCCGCCACGGUUCUUCUUCGGACCCCGGCAGAGCUUUCCCAGCCCGCAGUGUCCGGUGGACAUGCGGGACGAGGCCAGCAGUGGCUACCACACACCGCCGCUCCCACGCCAGUCCUGCCCGUGCUCUCCUCACCGGGCGUCGCCCGUGGACAGCCACGAGAGUCGGGGUUACCUCUCGGGGUCGCCCGCCAGCAGCCCCUCCCCCGGGAGAGGCGGGCUUCCAGAGAGUCCUGCGGGGUGUGCAGAGCAGCAGAGUCCUGACCUCCAAGAGACCUCCAAACCCUGUGCGGAGGUGGACUCAUCCCAGGGUUCAAAGGGCAGACCUGACCGCUCCAGCACCCAGACUCUGGACUCUGACCAGGACUACACGCUCAUCAGCCCGCCGCACACACAAGACAGCGUCCAAGACGCUCCCAGUCCAAGUCCCGCAGGAAGUCCCAACAACACCCAGCCUUCGAGGUCACCAUCUGACGCCAAGGUCAAAGGAAGCCAAGAGGACGCUGACCGACCUCAAAGGACCACCAUCAUCAUCACCCCCGUCCAGGACCAGGUCCUUUGCUCAGAUCUUCCAUGCGUCAGUCCCGGUCCCGGGUCUUCCAGCACCACCCCGGACCAUCAUUCCUCCACCAGGCGCUCGCUGUCGGCCCCAGAGCCCCCGGGAAGUAGACGGAGCCCCGAAAGCGAGGACGCCACUCCCGACGGCUAUCGCACGCCCACCUUCCCCAUGGCGCCCGACUACGGUCUGGGGGUCCCCCGGGUGCCGUACAGCGGCUACACCGCCGUCACCAUCCAGCCGCCGCUGCCCGAGAAGAAACGACUCUCCUCCACGCCGGGACCCCUCAACGGGCACGCCUCGCCUCCCGCCCCGUCUCCCACGCACAACGCCGCUCUGUCGCCCUCUGCUGGGGAGCUGAGGAAGUUUAGCGGCAGGGAGGACGCGGGGGUCCACGCCAAGUUCGUCCAAGAUGGCUCCAAGUUCUGGUACAAGGCCAGCAUCUCUCGAGACCAAGCCAUCGCAGCGCUGAAGGACAAGGAGCCCGGAACCUUCCUCAUCAGGGACAGUAAUUCCUUCCAAGGCGCCUAUGGUCUGGCCCUCAAGGUAGCCACGCCCCCUGCUAGUGCCAACGCCGCAGGUAGCAAAGCAGACGUCCAGGAACAGCUGGUCAGACACUUCCUCAUCGAGACGGGGCCCCGGGGGGUCAAGAUCAAGGGUUGUCAGAAGGAGUCCUACUUUGGGAGUCUGUCCGCCCUGGUGUACCAGCACUCCGUCACCCCCGUCUCCCUGCCCUGCGCCCUGCGGGUGCCAGACACAGAUCUGCUGGCCGAGCUGCAGGAGACGCGGAACGCAACAAACGCCAGCACGGCGGCGGACCUCCUCAGACAGGGAGCAGCCUGCAGCGUCCUCUACCUGAACUCUGUGGAGACGGAGUCCUUAACGGGGCCCGAGGCCGUUUCCAAGGCCACCAAGUGCACCCUGGCGCUGAGACCGCGUCCGUCCCCGACCGUGGUCCAUUUCAAGGUUUCUAGUCAGGGCAUCACUCUGACGGACAGCAAGAGGAGGUUGUUUUUCAGGAGGCACUACCCCAUCAGCAGUGUGACCUUCAGCAGUCUGGACCCCCAAGACCAAAGGAUGUUUGGCUUCGUGGCUCGGCGGAGCAGCAGCAGCACGGAGAACGUGUGUCACCUUUUUGCCGAGAUGGACCCGGAGCAGCCGGCCAUGGCCAUCGUCAACUUCAUCAACAAGGUCAUGUUGGGGCCGCAGAUGAUGCUAAAGUGCUAAAGUGCUAAAGUCCAAUGACGGCAAAAGAGUCACAUGACCUGAUUGAUCUUCCCUGUCUUGAAGUGCACUACUUAGAUCCACCAUCAGGGGCGCUGGUGAUUCAAUACCUUGUUUUGUUAGAGGAUUUACUUUCUGCGCAACCAAAGACAUUUUCACUGCGUUAUUUUUCACAACAUAAGGCGCAUUAAAGAGGACAAAUUAUGAUUAUUUUCUACACGUAAAAGACAUCCUUGUGGUCUAAACAUGUGAUGCUGGUUCUUUGCUCAAAAUGUUGCAUAGAUGACGUCAUCUUCAACUCACUUUCUGACCUCAGGUCUUAUUGACGUGCCUCCACUUUGACAGCGACUCCAUCUUUAGAGUACCGGUAGUUUUUAGCAGAUAUAAGUUCGAACUGGACGCUACUUUUCUAUUAGAAAUGGUAACAGCGGGAAAUGAAUAUCCCAGAACGAGAUGAUUGACUGUGGCGGACGUGCGCACAUUUUCAGGACUCAUGCAGAUCUCAAAUACACAUCAGCAGGUACCAGGAGGUAAGAAAAGUUGGUUUUGAAUUAUAUUGUCUGCUAAUAGGUGCUAUUUUGCAGUCCUUAUACACACAACAUAAUAAUACUGUAUGUUGAAUUGAAGCACAGUACGUCUGACUAUGGUAGCGUUAAUGCUCCGACCAGCCAUCAAAACGUUGUUUUGCGUAAUAUUCCAAAACAAAACGCCAGAUAAUAUCUUCUAAUAGGUGCUAUUUUUCGGUCCUUAUACACACAGCAUAAUAAUACUGUAUGUUGAAUUGAAGCACAGUACGUCUGACUAUGGUAGCGUUAAUGCUCCGACCAGCCAUCAAAACGUUGUUUUGCGUAAUAUUCCAAAACAAAACGCCAGAUAAUAUCUUCUAAUAGGUGCUAUUUUUCGGUCCUUAUACACACACCAUUAUAAUACCCGUAUGUUGAAGCACAGUACGUCUGACUAUGGUAGCGUUAAUGCUCCGACCAUCCAUCAAAACGUUGUUUUGCGUAAUAUUCCAAAACAAAACACCAGAUAAUAUCUUCUAAUAGGUGCUACUUUUCGGUCCUUAUACACACAGCAUAAUAAUACUGUAUGUUGAAUUGAAGCACAGUACGUCUGACUAUGGUAGCGUUAAUGCUCCGACCAUCCAUCAAAACGUUGUUUUGCGUAAUAUUCCAAAACAAAACGCCAGAUAAUAUCUUCUAAUAGGUGCUAUUUUUCGGUCCUUAUACACAGAGUAUAAUAAUACUGUAUGUUGAAUUGAAGCACAGUACGUCUGACUAUGGUAGCGUUAAUGCUCCGACCAUCCAUCAAAACGUUGUUUUGCGUAAUAUUCCAAAACAAAACGCCAGAUAAUAUCUUCUAAUAGGUGCUAUUUUUCGGUCCUUAUACACAGAGUAUAAUAAUACUGUAUGUUGAAUUGAAGCACAGUACGUCUGACUAUGGUAGCGUUAAUGCUCCGACCAUCCAUCAAAACGUUGUUUUGCGUAAUAUUCCAAAACAAAACGCCAGAUAAUAUCUUCUAAUAGGUGCUAUUUUUCGGUCCUUAUACACACAGCAUUAUAAUACCCGUAUGUUGAAGCACAGUACGUCUGACUAUGGUAGCGUUAAUGCUCCGACCAUCCAUCAAAACGUUGUUUUGCGUAAUACUCCAAAACAAAACGCCAGAUAAUAUCUUCUAAUAGGUGCUACUUUUCGGUCCUUAUACACACAGCAUAAUAAUACUGUAUGUUGAAUUGAAGCACAGUACGUCUGACUAUGGUAGCGUUAAUGCUCCGACCAUCCAUCAAAACGUUGUUUUGCGUAAUAUUCCAAAACAAAACGCCAGAUAAUAUCUUCUAAUAGGUGCUAUUUUUCGGUCCUUAUACACAGAGUAUAAUAAUACUGUAUGUUGAAUUGAAGCACAGUACGUCUGACUAUGGUAGCGUUAAUGCUCCGACCAUCCAUCAAAACGUUGUUUUGCGUAAUAUUCCAAAACAAAACGCCAGAUAAUAUCUUCUAAUAGGUGCUAUUUUUCGGUCCUUAUACACAGAGUAUAAUAAUACUGUAUGUUGAAUUGAAGCACAGUACGUCUGACUAUGGUAGCGUUAAUGCUCCGACCAUCCAUCAAAACGUUGUUUUGCGUAAUAUUCCAAAACAAAACGCCAGAUAAUAUCUUCUAAUAGGUGCUAUUUUUCGGUCCUUAUACACACAGCAUUAUAAUACCCGUAUGUUGAAGCACAGUACGUCUGACUAUGGUAGCGUUAAUGCUCCGACCAUCCAUCAAAACGUUGUUUUGCGUAAUACUCCAAAACAAAACGCCAGAUAAUAUCUUCUAAUAGGUGCUACUUUUCGGUCCUUAUACACACAGCAUAAUAAUACUGUAUGUUGAAUUGAAGCACAGUACGUCUGACUAUGGUAGCGUUAAUGCUCCGACCAUCCAUCAAAACGUUGUUUUGCGUAAUAUUCCAAAACAAAACACCAGAUAAUAUCUUCUAAUAGGUGCUACUUUUCGGUCCUUAUACACACAGCAUAAUAAUACUGUAUGUUGAAUUGAAGCACAGUACGUCUGACUAUGGUAGCGUUAAUGCUCCGACCAUCCAUCAAAACGUUGUUUUGCGUAAUAUUCCAAAACAAAACGCCAGAUAAUAUCUUCUAAUAGGUGCUAUUUUUCGGUCCUUAUACACAGAGUAUAAUAAUACUGUAUGUUGAAUUGAAGCACAGUACGUCUGACUAUGGUAGCGUUAAUGCUCCCACCAUCCAUCAAAACGUUGUUUUGCGUAAUAUUCCAAAACAAAACGCCAGAUAAUAUCUUCUAAUUGGUGCUACUUUUCGGUCCUUAUACACACAGCAUAAUAAUACCGGAUGUUAAAUUGAAGCACAGUACGUCUGACUAUGGUAGCGUUAAUGCUCCGACCAUCCAUCAAAACGUUGUUUUGCGUAAUAUUCCGAAACAAAACGCCAGAUAAUAUCUUCUAAUAGGUGCUAUUUUGCAGUCCUUAUACACACAGCAUAAUAAUACUGUAUGUUGAAUUGAAGCACAGUACGUCUGACUAUGGUAGCGUUAAUGCUCCGACCAUCCAUCAAAACCUUGUUUUGCGUAAUAUUCCAAAACAAAACGCCAGAUAAUAUCUUCUAAUAGGUGCUAUUUUUCGGUCCUUAUACACACACCAUAAUAAUACUGUAUGUUGAAUUGAAGCACAGUACGUCUGACUAUGGUAGCGUUAAUGCUCCGACCAUCCAUCAAAACGUUGUUUUGCGUAAUAUUCCAAAACAAAAUGCCAGAUAAUAUCUUCUAAUAGGUGCUAUUUUUCAGUCUUUAUACACACAACAUAAUAAUACCGUAUGUUGAAGCACAGUACGUCUGACUAUGGUAGCGUUAAUGCUCCAACCAUCCAUCAAAACCUUGUUUUGGGUAAUAUUCCAAAACAAAACGCCAGUUAACAUCUUCUAAUAGGUGCUAUUUUGCAGUCCUUAUACACACAACAUAAUAAUACUGUAUGUUGAAUUGAAGCACAGUACGUCUGACUAUGGUAGCGUUAAUGCUCCGACCAUCCAUCAAAACGUUGUUUUGCGUAAUAUUCCAAAACAAAAGGCCAAAUAAUAUCUUCUAAUAGGUGCUAUGUUUCGGUCCUUCUACACACAACAUAAUAAUACCGUAUGUUGAAGCACAGUACGUCUGACUAUGGUAGCGUUAAUGCUCCGACCAGCCAUCAAAACGUUGUUUUGCGUAAUAUUCCAAAACAAAACGCCAGAUAAUAUCUUCUAAUAGGUGCUAUUUUUCGGUCCUUAUACACACAACAUAAUAAUACUGUAUGUUGAAUUGAAGCACAGUACAUCUGACUAUGGUAGCGUUAAUGCUCCAACCAUCCAUCAAAACGUUGUUUUGUGUAAUAUUCCAAAACAAAACGCCAGAUAAUAUCUUCUAAUAGGUGCUACUUUUCGGUCCUUAUACACACACCAUAAUAAUACUGUAUGUUGAAUUGAAGCACAGUACGUCUGACUAUGGUAGCGUUAAUGCUCCGACCAUCCAUCAAAACGUUGUUUUGCGUAAUAUUCCAAAACAAAACACCAGAUAAUAUCUUCUAAUAGGUGCUACUUUUCGGUCCUUAUACACACAGCAUAAUAAUACUGUAUGUUGAAUUGAAGCACAGUACGUCUGACUAUGGUAGCGUUAAUGCUCCGACCAUCCAUCAAAACGUUGUUUUGCGUAAUAUUCCAAAACAAAAGGCCAAAUAAUAUCUUCUAAUAGGUGCUAUGUUUCGGUCCUUCUACACACAACAUAAUAAUACCGUAUGUUGAAGCACAGUACGUCUGACUAUGGUAGCGUUAAUGCUCCGACCAGCCAUCAAAACGUUGUUUUGCGUAAUAUUCCAAAACAAAACGCCAGAUAAUAUCUUCUAAUAGGUGCUACUUUUCGGUCCUUAUACACACAACAUAAUAAUACUGUAUGUUGAAUUGAAGCACAGUACAUCUGACUAUGGUAGCGUUAAUGCUCCAACCAUCCAUCAAAACGUUGUUUUGUGUAAUAUUCCAAAACAAAACGCCAGAUAAUAUCUUCUAAUAGGUGCUACUUUUCGGUCCUUAUACACACACCAUAAUAAUACUGUAUGUUGAAUUGAAGCACAGUACGUCUGACUAUGGUAGCUGUAAUGCUCCGCGUUCCGUCAAGCGGUGCGACCUCAUAACUUACCAAAGUUGUACUAAAACAUUCGACAUAUUUUUGAGCGCCGUGUGUAAUGUGCUUUAUUCUCAAUGAAACAACAGAGUUUUGGGUGUUGCUUGCCAGCGUCAUUUUAUUGCACAGGCGUCCACCUGCAGUCCACACGUAUCCCUUAUGUGUGACUGCCAUCUACCUGUAACACGCAUCAUUACACCAUGUACCAUGAAAAAUUGGUGCUAGGUCAACAAGCGCAACCGGAAUUAUCACGUGCAUAAGGUGCAUCAAAGUUUUGGUGGUAUUUGCUGGCGUCAUUUAUUGCACAGGCGUCCACCUGCAGUCCCCAGGUAUCCCUUAUGUGUGACUGCCAUCUACCGGUCACACUCAUCAUUACACCAUGUGCAAUGAAAAAUUGGCGAGGUCAAUAGGCACUACCAGAAUUAAUCCUUGCAUAAGGCGCAUCAAAGUUUCGGUGUUGCUUGCUAGCGUCAUUUAUUGACCAGGCGUCCACCUGCAGUCCACGAGUAUCUCCUACGUGUGACCGCCUUCUAUUGGUCACACUCAUCAUUACACCAUGUACCAUGGAAAAAUGGUUUGAGGUCAAUAAGCGCAACCGGAAUUAAUACGUGCAUAAGGCGCAUCAACAUUUUUAGUGUUGCUUGCUGACAUCAUUUAUUGAACAGGCGUCUACCUGCAGUCCACACGUAUCUCUUAUGUGUGACUGCCAUCUACUGGUUACACUUAUCAUCACACCAUGUACCAUGAAAAAUUGGUUCGAUUUCAAUAAGCACAACCAGAAUUAUCACGUGCAUAAGGCGCAUCAAAGUUUUGGUGUUGCUUGCUGGCAUUAUUUAUUGAACAGGUGUCAACCUGCAGUCCACACGUAUCUCUUAUGUGUGACCGCCAUCUACUGGUCACACUUAUCAUGACGCCAUGUACCAUGAAAAAUUGGUUUGAAGUCAAUUAGCACAACCAGAGUUAAUACGUGCAUAAGGCGCAUCAACAUUUUUGGUGUUGCUUGCUCACGUCAUUUAUUGAACAGGCGUCUACCUGCAGUCCACACGUAUCUCUUAUGUGUGACUGCCAUCUACUGGUUACACUUAUCAUCACACCAUGUACCAUGAAAAAUUGGUUCGAUUUCAAUAAGCACAACCAGAAUUAUCACGUGCAUAAGGCGCAUCGAAGUUUUGGUGUUGCUUGCUGGCAUCAUUUAUUGAACAGGUGUCAACCUGCAGUCCACACGUAUCUCUUAUGUGUGACUGCCAUCUACUGGUUAUACUUAUCAUCACACCAUGUACCAUGAAAACUUGGUUCGAUUUCAAUAAGCACAACCAGAAUUAACACGUGCAUAAGGCGCAUCGAAGUUUUGGUGUUGCUUGCUGGCAUCAUUUAUUGAACAGGUGUCAACCUGCAGUCCACAUGUAUCUCUUAUGUGUGACCGCCAUCUACUAGUUACACUUAUCAUCACACCAUGUACCAUGAAAAAUUGGUUCGAUUUCAAUAAGCACAACCAGAAUUAACACGUGCAUAAGGCGCAUCGAAGUUUUGGUGUUGCUUGCUGGCAUCAUUUAUUGAACAGGUGUCAACCUGCAGUCCACACGUAUCUCUUAUGUGUGACCGCCAUCUACUGGUCACACUUAUCAUGACGCCAUGUGCAAUGAAAAAUUGGCGAGGUCAAUUA